AUUUAUUAAUCCAAAGGAAUUUACCUUCUUUCUCUUUCAUCUUUCAAUCUUUCAUCUCUGUUGACAGGAGAAAUGGCAGCCUCAGCUCUAGCGUCGCUUCUCCUCUUCUCCCUCCUCGCAGCCACCUCCUCCGCCCGCCCCUGCAAAACCAUUUUCUAUUUCUCCGCCACAACCACCACCACCACCACCACCACCUAUUACCCUUUCCAUUCCCACCCUGCAAACCCUAACCCCCAAAUUCACCGCCUCAAUCCCCGCUAUGUCACCUUCAUCUUCACCUCCACCGCCCCCAAACCCUUCUCAGGCCACCUCCCCUCGCUCAAUUUCAAAUCCGAUCCCUCCUCCGACGCCAAUUCUCACUCAUCUCCAGCGAUGACGUCAUCCGCCUUUUCCCCUCUCAAAUUCUAUUCCUCCGUCUCCAGCUCAAUCCGCGAUCGGACCGCUGAUAUCAUGAGCGUCGUCGGCGCGCUGCUCUUCGGCGUCGGCUGCGGUGCCCUCACCGGUGCCGUGAUGUACUUCUUGUACGCCCUCUUCUCCCCCGGCCGAUUCGAUUUCGACGAUGCUUCCGACGAUGAGGAUGAAGACGACGUCGCCGCUAUCAAGAGGAAAUUAGGGUACGUGUCGAUCCCUGCGGUGACCACCGACGACCUCAAGAAACCUGCGCCGCCUGCCAAGGAGGUGGUUUGAUGAUUAUAUCAGUAUAUAUACAUAUAUUUGUGUGUGUGUGUGUGUGUUUUGUGGAUUUGAUAAGAUGCAAAGGGAUUUGAAAUUCAAUUGCCUUGAAGUAUCUGUCUUGUACUGUUUGAUAGUGCUAUUGCUAUACUUAAUAUUGGGAAUUAUGACUUUGAUUGAGUAUGUGGGAUUUAGGCUUUUCUGUUUAACUCAAGAUGUUGAAUAAAGCUGGAUUAUUUAUGUUUGUUA